GGGGCCAAUGAUAAUACGAUGCUUACUUACUUGUGUGUUAUGGACAUAAUUAUGUACUGGUAAUUCACCCGCAACGACUCUGUCUAUAGACCAGGACCUCUCAUGACCCUGCUACUGUAGACGAUGUACAAGGCAAAAUUCACUACGUAGAUACAGCCAGGUGGCUCACCCGAGUAUUAGAUUAUUCUAUCCUUCCGAACUCCGUGAAUUCCUUGACGGGAAAUAAAGUAUUCGGGCGGUGCUCGUUUCAAGAAUGAAUUCUUGCGAUUCCGAUAACAAACCGUUCUUUUCGCAUAGUUUUGUACAAAUUUUGCUUGAUUCUGAGACCCAGAGCGCCCCAGGAGUGUAUAUAAGAAGUCCGUUCCUCGAAAAUCUUUCCCCCAACUACUGGUUAGAUUCACCUACAUUCUUUGCUGGUCAAAGAACGUUAGUUUCAAGCUUGCUCACCUCGCUUUCUCAUAACUCUCAUACUUUCCACUCUCCGUUGCCAUGCGUUUCAAUAAUUCCUUUAUCGUUCUCGGACUCGCUGCUGUUGUUUCUGCGGUACCAGUCAACGUCCCCCCUGUACCAGAUCCUACAGCCCAAACUAAUUCAGGUGUGGGAGUCAACGCUGUUGAUGCGUCCGCAUCUGGUUCCCCCAGCUUGAAUGCUCGCGACAUUGGAGUUGGCUUGAGGGCUGCCGACUUGGAGCGCCGAGAGUACACCGUCACAGUUACCUUCAAGCAAGAGGGUGGGGUCAACCCUACCGAAGAAACAGAGAAGGAGGCACAGGAAAUGGUCAAAGCGACCCUAAAAAAUGCGGCUAGAAAGCUGAAAAUGGGUCAAGGAUCAGAGCUCGAGGUUAAGUUUACCAAUUAUUGGCCGAACUCGUUCCUUGGAAAGGUUGAGUUCACCUUCCAGGAUCCUGUCUGUGGUAGCGGAGGCACAGGCACAUGUGAAGGUGAAGCCACAGCAGGGGGAAAGGGGACUAUUAAAAAUGGACCAAAGAAAAGAAAAGAUCAAAAGGUUCUCUGGACCCGGGCUGUAAGUCAUGUUUCCUGUUAUUUUCAGUCAAAGAGAUUCUGACUAGGGCGCAGUAGUAACAAGCCACCCCACGUAGAUUCAUAGACUGUGGUCAGCCCAGGUUUAGUAACUAUGUUCGUAGUAGUAGUAGUAGGAGAGGAUUGUUUCGUGAAUAUAGCGACAGCUUAGCGCAACAGUGCUAGACCAAUAAGGAGGGGUGAACAUCCAAAGGCUGAGGUUGAACACUGCAUGGAUUGAACGCAGUCCUAGCCUGCACAUGC